UUGUCAUAUUAUAUACAUAUACAUAUAUUUUUUAAGAAGGGUAGUUUUCAGGACUUUUUUUCUUGAGUAUUGGCAGUUAUGAGGACACUUGGUGUUUGUCAGGACGGGCCUGAUAGCAUUUAGAUACGUAAAGUAUACUGUCAGGACCAUGAAGUGGCACUCACACCCAAUUUUCCGAAAAAAUUUUUAUGCUACACACUCGCAGUUGUGAUGGGCUAAGAAAUGAUUUCGUUAAGCUAGGUUAGGUUAGAAUUUUAAUACGACAUGUCUCAACGUUUAGUUUUUUCUUUAGAAAAAAACAUGGGCUUGCCAUUGUGAGUGGCACGUGUCCUCAUAACUACCCUUUGACAAGUUUAUAUACAGGGUGAGGCGUUUAUAGUGACCCAGGCAAUUUUCUCCCAAACGAAGCGAGAUACAAAAAAAUGUUCGAUACAUUAGUUUCAUGGCUUCGAGGGGGACACAAGAUGGCGUCUUUCAAUUUUUUCCUAAAUCAAAGUAUCAAGGUCAUUUAAGGGUCAACUUUGGUUUUUCAAAUGGGAUGGUGUAUUUUUUGUUAUGGAAAUCAAAAGAGCAUUCAAUUCUAGGUCUCAAAACUAAAGGAUCAUGGGAUACUAAUUAAAAUAGAAAAAAAAAUCGGUUUACUUUUUAAUGGCGCAUACGUUGCGGGAGGAAAGUUCUUUCGAUGAAAUUUCACAACAAAUGUUACUGGUUGCCAAUGACAACGGUUGCUAUCAAUAGUCAUUGUUUAUCUUGCAACAAAUUCAAUAAUAAAGCAACACUCUUACGUUGGACGUUGGCAACUUAAGUUCAAUAAUAAAGUGCUGCUGCUGUGAAUAGUGAAAAGAAGAAUGGAUCGAUAUACUAUGGCCGAGAAGGUCGAUAUGAUUUACAUUUACGGUGAAACGCAGAAAAACGCCCGUGCAGCGUGUAACUUAUACGCAGAACGAUACCCCGAGAGAAAUAAUCCAUGCCCUAGAACUUUCGAUCGGAUUGUACAAUUGUUUUCGAAAACGGGAAGUGUCGUGGCUAGAAAAAAAAACCGAAGUAGGACUAUUACUGUAGAAAAUUCUGAAAUUGCUAUUUUAACUGCAGUAGACCACGAUCCGGAAAUAAGUUCGCGGAAAAUUUCAACUUUGCAUCAAGAACUUCAUGGAGAUGAUUUUGAGCAUCGUGUACAGUUUUGUCAAUGGGCACUGCAACAGAUGCAAGACGAGAACUUUUACGUAUUGUAUUCCGACGAGUCAGGGUUCACAAAUCAUGGCCAAGUUAACCGCCACAAUAUGUAUUACUGGGCUACGGAAAAUCCGAGGUGGUUGCGGCAAGUGGAACAUCAACGGCCGUGGACUCUAAAUGUUCGGUGUGGUGUUUACCGAAACCGUAUAGUUGGAUCGUACUUCCUUGAAGAUACACUCACCGGACAGAAGUACAAGGACUUUUUGGAUCGAGUGCUUUCAACAUUGCUCGAAGACAUACCACUUCUGGAACGAUCAAAUAUGUGGUAUCAACAUGAUGGAUGUCCAGCUCACUUUUCGUUUCAAGCUCGUGAAAUAUUGGAUCGAGAUUAUGCCGAUCGCUGGAUAGGACGUCGAGGACCCGUUCAUUGGCCUGCGCGUUCUCCGGACCUGACGUCUCCAGAUUUUUUUUUGUGGGGAUACAUAAAUGAAAAAGUUUACAAGGAAGUACCGACGACAUGCGACAACAUGCGCCAGUGCAUCAUUGAUGCCUCUGCCAAUAUCGAGGAUGACACUCUAUUGUCAGUGCAACGUUCUUACAUUCGACGUUAUCAAAAAUGCAUCGAAGUAAAUAGCCAACAUUUCGAACAUUUGUUGUGAAAUUUUAUCGAAAGAACCCCCCACAACGUAUGCGCCAUUAAAAAGUAAACCGAUUUUCUUUUCUAUUUCAAUUAAUAUCCCAUGAUCCUUUAGUUUUGAGACCAUAGCAUACCAGUAC